CGCGCCGGGCCCGCCCCGCCGCCGGGAGCGAGGCCAGUGCCGCUCCAGAAGAGGCGCCGGGAGCCGCAGGACUACGGCGCUGGCUCCGCGGGGAAGGGCAGCGCUGCGGCGGCUGGAACGGCUCGGUUGCAGCGGUGUGAGGCUGUGUCUGAGGAGCCAGCAAGCCUGCAGGGAGAGGGAAGUUAUUAGUGAUGAGGAAUGACUGGGACUGGAGGUUAAACCUUGCCACCUGAAAGACUUAAACACACCGUUCCCCUGAGACACCCAGAACUCCUGAAAUCAGGCAACUGAAGAUGCUGCUGCUGCUGUGGAAGCAGCUGAUCCUGGUGUCAUUUGUUGGCUGCCUUGCAGAUGGGGAGAACUCCAGGAUGAAGAUGAGGAGCGCGGUGUCGGUGCGGGAGGGCCAGGGGGUCGUGCUGCUCUGUGGGACACCCCCCCGGGCAGGAGACUUGUCGUUUGCUUGGAUCUUCAAUGAGUAUCCAUCGUUUGUGCAGGAAGACAGCCGGCGCUUCGUGUCCCAGGAGACGGGACACCUGUACAUAGCCAAGGUGGAGCCAUCAGAUGUGGGCAACUACACCUGUGUGGUGACCAGCACGGCCACCAACAGCCACGUGCUGGGCUCCCCCACGCCCCUGGUGCUGCGCACGGACGGUGUGAUGGGAGAAUACGAGCCCAAAAUAGAGGUUCAGUUCCCUGAGACGCUCCCUGCAGCCAAAGGCUCCACUGUGAAGCUGGAAUGCUUUGCCCUAGGAAACCCUGUGCCUCAGAUUAACUGGAGAAGAACUGACGGGCUGCCAUUUCCAAGUAAAAUAAAGCUGAGGAAAUCCAAUGGCAUGAUUGAAAUCCCUAAUUUCCAGCAGGAGGACGCAGGGCUGUAUGAAUGUAUCACUGAAAAUUCCAGAGGAAAAAACAUUGCAAGAGGACGUCUCACUUACUAUGCAAAACCUCACUGGAUCCAGCCCAUAAAGGAUGUGGAAGUCGCUGUGGAGGACACCUUGUACUGGGAUUGCAGAGCAAGUGGGAAGCCCAAACCAUCCUACAGGUGGUUGAAGAAUGGAGAGCAGCUGGCAAUAGAGGGAAGGAUCCAAAUUGAAAAUGGUGCACUUACAAUAUCAAAUCUAAAUCUGACAGAUUCUGGCAGAUACCAGUGCAUAGCUGAAAAUAAACAUGGUGUCAUCUCUUCGAGUGCAGAGCUCAGGGUUGUAGCUUCUGCUCCAGAUUUUUCCAAGAGUCCAAUGAAGAAACUGAUCCAGGUUCAAAUAGGCAGCACAGUUGAUUUUGAGUGCAAACCCAAAGCUUUCCCUAAGGCCAAAUGUUCCUGGAAGAAGGGAGGUGAGCAGCUACACGAAAAUGAAAGGAUCACACUAUUAAAGGAUGGAGGACUGAGGAUAGCCAACGUGACCAAGGGGGAUGCUGGCAGCUACACGUGCCUGGCAACAAACCAGUUUGGAACAGCCAGGGGCUCCACCAACUUGAUAGUUACAGAGCCAACCAGGAUCACCUUGGCACCUUCCAACAUGGAUGUGACUGUGGGGGAGAGCGUUGUGCUGCCCUGCCAGGUGCAGCACGAUCCCCUGCUGGACAUCAGCUUCACCUGGUACUUCAAUGGGACCCUCACGGACUUCCAGAGGGACGCUUCUCACUUCGAGAAGGUUGGAGGGAGUGCAUCAGGUGAUUUAAUGAUCAGGAACAUCCAGCUGAAGCACAGUGGGAAGUACGUGUGCAUGGUGAAGACAGAGGUGGACAGUGUGGCCUCUGCUGCUGACCUCAUCGUGCGAGGCUCUCCUGGGCCCCCCGAGCACGUGAAGGUGGAGGAGAUCACGGACACCACAGCUCAGAUCUCCUGGCAGGAGGGCACAGACAACCACAGCCCUGUGACCACCUACACCAUCCAGGCAAGGACUCCCUUCUCCGUGGGCUGGCAGCGAGCCACCACAGUUCCGGAUGUCAUCGACGGGAAAACCUUCACAAGCACAGUAGUGGAUUUAAAUCCUUGGGUUGAAUAUGAAUUUCGUGUAGUUGCCAGUAACAAAAUAGGAGGUGGAGAACCUAGUUUGCCCUCAGAAAAAGUAAGAACUGAAGAGGCAGUUCCCGAAAUUCCCCCAUCUGAGGUCAGUGGGGGAGGAGGCAGCAGAUCUGAGCUGGUGAUAACGUGGGAUCCCAUCCCCGAGGAGCUGCAGAACGGGGAAGGAUUCGGGUAUGUGGUCGCCUUCCGCCCCUCGGGCACCACGACGUGGAUCCAGACCGUGGUCACCUCUCCUGACAUCCCCAAAUACGUCUUCAGGAACGAGAGCAUCCUGCCCUUCUCGCCCUACGAGGUCAAAGUCGGGGUCUACAACAACAAAGGCGAGGGGCCCUUCAGCGCAGUCACCACGGUGUUCUCGGCUGAGGAAGAGCCCAGCACAGCCCCCUCGGGAGUGUCUGCCACCAGCCUGUCCUCCUCGGCCAUCGAGGUCUCCUGGAGAGCCAUUCCCUGGAAGAUGAGCAAUGGAAGGCUGCUGGGCUAUGAGGUUAGGUACUGGAAUAAUGGCCAGAAAGAAGAAUCUUCAAGCAGGGUAAAAGCUGCAGGGAAUGAAACAUCAAUAAAAAUCACAGGCUUGAGGAGCAACUUGGCUUAUUACACAGCUGUCCGUGCUUACAACAGCGCUGGAGCAGGGCCCUUCAGUGCCACUGUCAAUGCCACCACCAAAAAGCCGCCACCCAGCCAACCUCCAGGAAACGUGGUGUGGAAUGUCACAGACUCCAGAGUUAUCCUGAGCUGGGAGGAGGUCAGAGCGAUGGACAACGAGUCUGAGGUCACAGGGUACAAGGUUCUGUACAGGACCAGCAGCCAGGGCAGGGUGAACGUGCUGACCACGGACACGACGACGGCCGAGCUGUGGCUGCAGCUCAAGGACGAUUAUUUUAUAGAGGUCAGAGCAACCACUGAGGGGGGAGAUGGCAGCAGCAGCGAGCAGAUCCUCAUCCCCAGACUAGCCAGUAUGGAUGCAAGAGGUUCUGCUCCAUCAGUCUUGAGUAUCUUCAGUGUCUCCAGCUUCUUAGCAACAAUAUUCUCCUUGACCAUUAAUUCCGUGUUGUGCUGAUACAUUUGCAUUUGCUGGGAAAAACAGAAAGAAUUGGUUACUAAAGUGCUUUUUUUAAAAAAAACCUGCCGUGGUUAAUGCAUGUUUUUUCUUCUAUCCUGAUGUGUUUUUAAAUUCUUUAUAUUUCACUGUAAGUUGAAGUAAAAAUACCAUGUAAAGUUUAGCAAAUCCUUUAAAAAGGAAUCUAAAAUGCCUUAAUACUUGAACCAAAGGAGUUUACAUGUUACAUACUUCAGAUACAGUGUGAGAGAGAGGGGGAGGGAUGGCGCUGUGAGGUCAGGGCUACGAGGAAGAGCGAGAAACUCCAUUUUUGCAGCGUCACUGAAUUGUUCUGGGUCUGUUCUGCAUUGUUAAAAUGACAUUUGACAUGGAGAAGAUGGAGUCAGGGACGUGGCUGUUACCAGUCCGAGGGCAGCACAGCUCCCAUGUGGCUGCUCUCAAGGCAGGGCCAUCACCCAGGAGGUUUGGAUCAUUUUCCUGCUGCCCUUUGUGGGAGUUACUCUGAAUGGAGCAAGGAAUCCCAGCUGGGAGCAGGGCAAAGGCCCUGCUGCUCCUGAGAAAUGAUCUCCCAGCUGUUUCGAGGAAGCCUCUCAGCAGAUGUUUGUGCUCCUUUUCAGCCACCCACCCUUCAUCAAUAAAUUCUGAAGUUCAUUUCCUCAUCUCCCCACCUUACCUUUCUUAACCAGUUUCUUUGAUCAUAACCAAGCUCUCCCACCUUCAGGAUGGUUUGAUCGCCCUCCUGCCAGUGUUUCAGGAGCAGAAGUGCCCAGCUGGCAGCAUGGGUGACAUGCAGUGGCACCAUGGCCUUAUGAAGAGGGACAGCCACCCCCUCCCUCCCUCCCUCGUGAUGUGGUGCUCCCAGACCUGCAGCCCCAAACUAUCUCGCUCCUUUAUCUGCCACACUGCACCGUAAACACCCUGAAUUCAGAGUUAGAGCCAAACCUCUCCUUCCUGCUGCUCUUUAACCAGUUCUGAACUGUUCCACCUGCUCUGGCUCUCAGCUGCACCCCACCACUGUCACAUGAUUCUGGGGAGUUCAUGGCAAUACUGCAGCAUACAAUAAAAAAUGAUACAACCACACUUCAGGCUUGCUAUUGGAGAGAAAUCUGUGCUUUCUUCGGUAGCAGUAAAUUAAAGAUCCAUUAAGCCUGGUCCAUUUGACUUCUAGAGUUGUGGCUUUAGUGAAAUCAGCCUUUUAGACACCUUUUAGAGAGGUGGCAGCAUCCUUGUUCCAGCAUGUUCACAUGACAUAAAGCGUCUCCUCAAUGCCUGGGGCUUGUUUUAAGCUUCACAAUACUGUCACAACACACAGAGCUGCAAAGGGAGAGCCAGGAUUAAUGGAAUGAUGGUGGCACUGUAGAAGGAACACCUUGGUACACAUUCAGCUGGCAAAUGAGCUGAUGAGCUCCAGAUGAGACAAUGUGCUGCUGAGGUAAGCAAGAGCUGUAAAUACUGUACAUAGAGAGCUAUAAAUGACUUUGUUGCUUUUCCAUGUGGCUGACCAGUGUUGUUUUCAGACACUUGCAAACAGGGGGGUGGGUGGGACGUGGCAAUACGGGUGUUCCUAGUGAGUAAAUAGUUACGCUUCAUGCAACAAAGGGUGACUCUUGUUUCACAAAAUUCUAGUCCAGGUUCCUGUACUGCCCAUUUUUUCACACACUCACAUUGUAUUAUUGUUUGAUUUCUAGUUCUAUAUCUCCAUGAGAUACGUACCCAGUACCUUGUUUCAUAUUGAAAAGGUUGAAAUUUACCCUUGAACUUCCAGUUGUGUGUGUAUCCUAUGGUUAUCUGUAUGCAUUUUUUUCUAUUGGUCUAAUAAAAUAUUUAUUACAUUGAGGGAUAAUA